UCGCAGUGCAAAGCACAGCAGGCACUAGCAAGCAUGCCGAAGCAGGCAAGCAGGCCGGCAAGCUGGCAGCAACUGCCACAGCACGCACCCACCGAGAAGAAGCCGCGCUUCGCGGGGGCGUUCGCGGCCGGGAUUCCCUGCGUCCUGGGCACCCGCGUCGGCCUUCCCGCGGCCCUCGCGGAGCCUGCUGCCGCCUCGGCGCACCUCCGCGUCGUCCAGCCUGCUCGCACCAGCGCCCGCGACAUCACUCUCGCGCUGUCCACCAGGCUAUGCUGCGUCGCCCGCGCCGCCGCCCCGCUCCGGCAUGUCGACAUGUCCCUCCUCCUCACCUGCAAGCACUGCCGCCGCGACACCAGCGGCCACACCGUCUAUCUGUACAUGAGCAUGGGGUUCUGCUCAAUGGACUGCAGGUAUGGGUACCACCUCGGCGAGGUGGACAAGCGUAAGAGGCUCGCCGCGGCGUUGAUGGGACAGCGCAAGAUGUCCAGCGUUGUCACUAGGACGAUGGCUGCCGGCAAGGCUGGAGAAGUGAGCUGCAGGCCAAUCUUCUUCACUUGUGCCGAAGCCGAGUAGUCGGCGUCAUUACCCCAAAAGAGCUUCGCCGUCAUUCCAAUAAUAAGAAGCUAAUAAAUAAAGCUGCAGGAGUACUGUAGCGCGCAACUAUAUGUGUCGUCUGUCCUAUGUGUCAUGUUUUCUUCUAUAUGUGUGUGUUGUUAUAUGAGCAUGUAUGAAACUGAGGUUGCUUUGAGGAGGAGCAGGGUGCAUGCGCCAUUUUCCUCGGAUCAAUAUAAAUACUGUGCUUGUGGCUUUC